CGUUACUCAGCGGACAUCAAUAAGUGGUGCACACUACUUAUGCAUGGCGUCCUUCAACUAUAAGUGCUUCUUUAGCUAGAAUUUUCUUUUUUCUUUCUUUACUGUUCUACAGUUUGUAUUUUUAGCUGUUUUCUCUAUUAAUUGUAUUAAUACACGGAACAAUGGCGACAAGGACCGCGUKCCAAGUUUUCAGGAGACGGUUUUCAUCCGCUGCAGCAGCUCUGCGUCCGUCACCCACAGAGAUACACAGUCGCCGUAACGCCGUGUUCUCCAGAGAGCAGGAAAGGCAGAGAGCUCUGUACCCGCGCAUCGAGAAGAUCGAGGUGUCCCUAAGGGGGCCGGGCCUGGACGGCACACUCCUGAUCAUGAACAAAGGCAUGUCCACUCCGCUGAGCUGCGCCAGACAUCUGACUGAGUAUCAUGUGAACAACUCGGCGCUAGCGCUUGUGGACGGAGAGCUGUGGCCCCUCCACCAGCCGCUCACCGACUCCUGCACCCUCACUCUGCUCACGUUCAAUGACGGCAACCCGACUCUCCUCAACGAGGCUUACUGGCGUUCCUGCUCCGCUCUGCUUGGACAGGUUCUGGAGACGGCGUUUAAGGAUGACUACACCGUGGAGCUUCUCAGCACACCGGAGAUCCCAGUGACUUCAGGGGCGUUCUGCUGUGACGUCGUCCUCGACCCUCAGCUGGACUCCUGGACUCCAUCGCCGGAGUCUCUGCGCUCUCUGACCCGCGGGGCCCAGCAGCUGAUCCAUCAGAACCUGGCCUGGGAGCCUCUGGAGGUGGCGCCCUCUGUGGCGCUGGAGGUUUUCUCACAUAGCAGGUCCAGACGCUCAUCACACGGUCUGGAGGAGGCUGAGGGAGCGGGCAGAGAAGCUGUCGCAAGUUUCCACAGCAACGCGCCUCAGCUGCAGACGCAGGGAUGUGUGCUCCGUGUUUGUGCACAUGUGCCCGCAUCAUGUCACGUUUCCUCUUCCUUUCUGCAGGCUCAUCACACGGUCUGGAGGAGGCUGAGGGAGCGGGCAGAGAAGCUGGUAGAAGCAGGAGYGAAACAAGAAUCGACUCCACCCCCCUCUSCUGACUCGGCUCAGUGACCGUCUUCCACCCCAUUCAGACCCUCAACCGUGUAUCAUUUGUUCAAUAAAUGCGCAAAAUUAGCCACAAA